GUAGGGACAUAACAAUCGACCGUUCGCAAUGAAGAAGAAGAAUAGGAGCAAGAGAAAGAGGAUACUGAAGGACACGAUCCCCGACAAGCCAAAAGCCAGCAUAAGCGAGACUAUGCGGAAGGAAGGAGCGCUAGAAGGCGAAGUGUUUGAGAAUGUCAAUACUGCAGUCUCAACGAGCACUCGUAGCACAAAACCCUCUACUAAAUCCAUAGGACGACUAAAGCAAAAGGGCAAGCAGAUAACUAUACUCCCUGCAGAGCCACCAAUUGAGUUUCAAAACGAUAUACUUUCUGUGUAUUCUCAAACAGCCGGUACUAUCUCCUUAGAUUCAGUUUCGGACAUAGGAACAGGACAGAUAGAGCAGAUCAAGAAGGAACAGAAGCCAAGUGCGCAACCUCCUAUACAACUGUUGCAAGCUGCAAAGGUCAAAGCCACCCCAGUAAUGCCGCAAAAAGCAUUUUUGGUGUCGGAUGCCAUUUUCUGUGAAAAGACGAAUUUCGAAGGACCCUAUAUAGCUGAACAUCGAAAAGGAGAUGUAGAAAUGACAUUCAUCAAUCAGCUGAUCGCAAACGUCUUGGCCAUUGUAAACGAAUCCGGAAGCACUGAUUUUGAGUUCAAAGUGACACUAGAAAGGGAGGACAAUGGCUUACCAAAAGCUACCUUCGAGCUCAUACCGAAGGCUCGCCUGAGUAAUCCGAUAGAGCGACUCAAUCGAGCAUAUGUGCAAUAUGCUAAGUUUCAUGAACAAAUGGGUGUGGCCAGUGACUGCGAGACUGCUAUUUCUCAAAUACAACGAUCGCCAAAGUCGGAGACUCCACCCCCCGAGCAGCAGCAGGGAUCGCGCUUUUCUCUUUUAUCCGUUUUCAACUCGGUUUUUCCUGGUCUUGGAAAUCAAAAGGGAAAAUAACACGAAUUUAUGAGACAUAUAAUGAAAAUCAUUCUCUCAUCUGUGACUAUUAACUAUGCGCAAUAAAUACGUUGUUCGUUUAUGGGGUCGGAUAUAGAUAGAUUAUUCUUGGAUUAAAG